UACUCAACCCCUUGAACCAAUAGAACUCGCGCAGUAGAUCAGAUUGGGAGACGGGGAAGUGAUGGGCGGCGGCGGAGGGCAUGGCGGGAGCACCACCUACAAGGGUUUCACCAUCCACCACCCAAAACGAUGGCACACCGCCGCCGGGAAGGGCCUCUGCGCCGUUAUGUGGUUUUGGAUUCUUUAUAGGGCCAAGCAAGAUGGACCAGUAGUCUUGGGUUGGCGUCAUCCUUGGGAAGGGCAUGGAGAUCACUCACAUGAUCAUGUGCCUGAAGACAAGGCAUCGCAUUAGGAUCCAGCUUGCGGAUGCGGUGGAUCCAGCUUCUUCUUUGUUUCGCUGCAAUCUUUAGCAAAUAAAGAGACGUGUAAGAGUCGAAAAAUACUGCCACGUUCUUUUGUGUAUUCCACUGAUGCAAUGUUCGAUCGGUGGAACAAGUGUGUUUGUGUCAUUAGUUUUUCGAUCUGACGAUCUUUUCUGAAAUGAAUUCAGGUUGUGUUAUUAACAAAGGCGGUCAUGUGAAAAUGAUUGAUCUGUUAUUACUUUUUGUUGGCU